UACAAUUAUUCUGAUUUAUUACUUUUCCUGCCUCUGAUGUUAUUUGUUCUCAGUCAGUAGCUCUACAGUUAACAUUUAUUGUUAGAAUGGCAGAGACUAUUUUGGCUAUUUUUGCCGUGGCGAUCAUCGCGAUGGCUACAUUUUAUUAUUAUUUCGUUCGACCUAUGUAUUACUGGAGAAAGAGGGGAGUUCCACAAGAAACUCCGAAAUGGAUGUUCGGAGAUAAUUUCCGCAAUGUAAUGGGAUUAGAAAGUAUACCAAUCAUCAUGGAUAAUAUUUAUAAAAAGGUCAAUGCAAGAUAUCACGGAUUCUACCAGUUCACCAGACCAACGCUUUUGAUUAAAGAUCCGGAACUACUGAAACAAGUGAUGGUUAAAUAUUUUGACCACUUCACGGAUCGCAGGAAGUUUCUGUCAGAAGAAGUUGAUCCACUAUGGGGAAGAAAUAUGGUUGAACUCACAGGGGAUAAAUGGAGAAAUUUGAGAGCCGCCACUACUCCAAUAUUCACCAGUGGUAGAAUGAAGAUAUUAUUUCAAACAAUAUUGAACGUAACAGAAACAUUUGUUGAGUUUUUCUCAAAAAAAGAUGAAGCAGUAAUCGAGCUCGAUAUCAAGGAAACCAUGAACCACUAUUGUAGCGAUAUAAUUGCAUCUAUUGCUUUUGGAGUAACUGUAGAUUCAAUGAGGAAUCCAGAUGAUGAAUUCUACCUGAUGUCAAAAGAGGCUACAAAUAUCCAUUCAACCCGGGCUAAAAUUGCCUUCUUUUCAUCUUUACUGCUUCCUGACUAUGUCAUGAAGUUUUUAGGGAUUAAAAUGUUCAGCACCAGAGUUUCAAAAUUUUUCACUGAGGUACUGAAUGAAUCUAUAAAAAUGAGGAGAGAAGGUAAAACAGCGCGAACAGAUUUGAUACAAAUACUCUUGGAUACAAAUAAGGAUGGUAGAGAAAUUCGCAACGAAGAUAUAUUAGCUCAAGCUAUGCUUUACAUCUCUGGAGGAUUCGAAACUAUUUCCGGUGUUCUGGUAUUCAUGUGUUAUGAACUUGCAAUGAAUAAAAAUAUACAGGAAACACUCAGAAAAGAAAUAUUAGAAGUAAAUAAAUCCAACAACGGAAAGUUGACGUAUUCCUGCAUAUUGGAAAUGAAAUAUAUGGAUAUGGUUUUUUCAGAAAGUUUGAGAAUACAUCCAGUUAUAUCAGGAUUUGAAAGGACUUGCACCGAAACGUAUACUAUCGAACCAGCAACUAUAGACGAACCACCGCUGGUGAUAGAAAAAGGUAUAUUAGUGUGGAUUCCACUUUAUUCGCUACAUCAUGAUCCAGAAUAUUUUGAGAAUCCAUAUAAAUUUGAUCCAGAACGAUUCAAUGAUGAAAAUAAAAAUAAAAUUGAACCAUACCAGUAUAUGCCUUUUGGAAUGGGACCGCGAAAUUGCCCGAGUAUCAGAUUUGGAAUGAUAACGGUGAAAACUUUGAUAUUCUAUCUUCUAUUGAAUUUUGAAAUCUCUCCUACUGACAGAACACCAAAUCCAAUACGGUAUCGCAAAAAGUCAAUGUUUCUAGCACCUGAGAAACGCAUAUUUUUUAAUAUGACGAAACUACAUACCUAAUGAUAUGGGUAACAUAUUUCAUCAUCUAACUAUCUAAAUAUUGCAUUUAGCGAGCCCGGAAAUGAUUUGAUUCAUUCAUAUCAACCAGAAUGUCUCUUGUAUCUUUCUGAGCUGAUAAAUGUAUUGUUGGAUCAAACAUGUUUGUUUAGUUGAUAGUAAUUUGUUUUCUAUUACAUUAUGAAUUGAAUGCUUGAAACGCAAGUUUUAAAAUACAAGUAAUGUAGAAGAUGCAGUUUAUCUCUUUUGUCACACCUCACAUACUCUUUGAUUGGUGCUUCUCAAUCUGAAUGAUAUAUUUCA